ACCUCCUUCCACACCCAAGAUGCUGCCUUUUUUCAUUUUUUUGGUUUUCCUUCAAGUUUUGCCUGAUGUCGAAAGCAAAAUAAGGAAUCUUCAUCCAAUGCAGAGAUUCCAAACUGAAAUUUGAAAAAUGGGAAAGUGGUCAAAACGGUUCAUUUUCUUGUUUCUAUGCUUAUCAAUCUGUCUUCAAAUCCCAUCAGUUUUUUCCUCUGCUUCCCCUCUUCAAGAAAACCAGGGUCACAAAGAAUCUGCAGCUGCAAGAACCUUUAAGCAAAAGCAGGGGAAUGCUCAUGUUGUACAUUGUUCAAGAGAAAGGAGUAGGGCAGCAUGGAAAAUAAUUGAGGAGUAUCUGAUGCCCUUUGUGGAGAAAGAGCGAUACAAAAUUUCAAGUGGAUGUAGGCUUCACCCUGACAAUGAUUUGUACAGAGAUCAGGAGCAGCACAAGCUCCAUGUAGAUAUAAAUGAAUGGCAAUGUGGCUACUGUAAUAAGAAUUUCUAUGAAGAGAAGUAUCUGGAUAAGCAUUUUGACAACAGGCAUUUCGAUUUGCUGAAUGUGAGUCAGAGCAGGUGUCUAGCUGACCUGUGUGGUGCAUUGCAUUGUGACCUUGUCAUGGAUUCCGCACCCCGUAAGACUAAGUGCAAUCCUGCAGCAUCUGAAAGGAAUAAACAUCUGUGUGAGAGUCUUGCUGAUAGUUGUUUUCCAGUCAGCAAUGGUCCUCUGUCAGGCCGUCUUCAUGAAUUCUUCUUACGACAAUUCUGUGAUGCCCACACGUGCACCGGAGGUCCAAAGCCUUUCUCUAAAGGGUCCAAGAAGCGUACAAAUAUUCUUUACAUUUCUAUAUCCAUUUUGACUUUGAUGCUGCUGCCGCUUUUCUACAUUUUUGUUUACUUGUACCAAAGGGGAAUAAAAAGGGGCUCGCAAGAGCUAAAACGCAUCUCACUAAGUGGACGAAAGAAAAAACCAGUUUAGAUAUAUUAGGUUUGUAUAUCAUCAAUCAUGAUGAGGGGUGUAGCUGUUUGUGCUUUCUGAGAGAGAGAGAGAGAGAGCUAUGUAUCUUACCAUUGCGGCUGAAAUUUUUAUAUUGUAUUUUAACAUGAUAUUUUCUUUAAUCUCAAUCUGGAUAGAAAUUCAUGCUGAGGUCCGGUUGUGUGAUAAAAAGUCUCUGGUUGUUUAGUUUUA